GUUAGUUAACCCAAGAAGAAGGGUAUCAGCUUUUGUUCUUCUUCGCUUUUUAGUCGUCGUCGUGCUCGCUCUGCUCUACCUUCCACUAGUAUAUAUCACCCACCACCAAAGCAAAUUCGUUAGGAGGGGAGGCCAUGGCUCGACGCCGCCCUUCAGCUCCCAUAACGAUGAUGAUCUCCCUCACCGGCUUCACCGCCCUUUCUGCCGGCCUCCUGCUCAUCUUCUCCUCCUCCUCCUCCUUCCUGCUGCAAGCUCAAGGAGGAGCCAGCAGCAGCGAGGAGGAGUCGUCGUACGUGCCGGUGCGGAGAGUGGUGUACCGGUCCAUGACACCGGCGGCGAUGACGGCAGAGGCAGCGGCGGCACCGUACGAGCCGUUCGAGGUGUGCGAGGGUUGCCGGUGCUGCGCGUCGUCGUCGUCCAACAACGGCAACGGCAGCAGCUGCGUGGACACGAGCUGCUGCUACGCCAUCGACUGCAACCUCCCCGGCAAGCCCUUCGGCACCUGCGCCUUCACUCCGCAAACCUGCGGCUGCGGCGCCGCCAACAACUGCACCCAGCCGUCGUCCUGAUCUUGAUCGACAGUCCUUCUCCUUCCUGACCCAUCACCACCGUCUUGCUUCCAUCCAUACAAUCCCAUGUGCUUGUUUCGUUCCCUCUUCCUGCAGCUUUUGGCUCUUUUAAUUUCGAUCAAUCGUCUUACUCUGACAGAAGGGAUGGGUGGAUGCAAAUGCAGUGGUUUGUUUGUCCGGGACUCAGGGAUCGACUAACAUGAUGGACUGAGAUCUAUUAGCAUGGAGAUUAGAUGACUCACGUACUGAGGGAGAUAGAUUCAAUGAAGAUAAUAUGUAGUACAAUAAACAUGUUCAUGGCCGGUGUAAAGUUUUUGGUUUUCAGAGAUUGUGAUUAUUGUUAUUUAGUCUGACUCUGACGACGACUGCUGAUUUCA